AUGACGUCAUCCUCUUCGCCUCCCCUGGCGCGAUCUAGCUCGUUCGCCGCGUCGCUCGCCGGUCGCCGUCGUCGACUCGCGCUAGACGGCGCCGUCAAAGUCGACGACUCGGAGCAGCGGCCGUGGAACCUCGGGAUUAUCCCGCAGACGUGCGUUCUCGGGCCGUCCCCCGCAACCUCCGCCUCCACACUCCCCGAAAAAAACUCCUCCGCAGCAGCCGUCGACCUUUAUCCACUCGAUUCCUCUGUCGCCGAUCCCGGCGACCCGUUCAGCCGUCCCGAUGAUUGCGGCGGGUUUCCCGUGAUUCUGGACAACGCGCCGUUGGAGGCGGUGGAGGUCGGCGCGAAGGAGCGCGACCCUGGCGACGUGUUCCCCGUGCUGCCGCUCCUCGCGCUCCCCGUGCGCCUGCGGUCCGGCCUGGGGACGGAAGUGUCGUGGAAGCUGGUUGUUGUCGCGGCGGACGAUCCGCUCGUUCUGGCCAAUCAGGUGGCGACUAUAGCGGAGACGAUUCUACCGGGAGUUAAAGAUUGGGCCGCGAGAGGUUUCAGAGGGUUCACAGAAGGAUCAGGGGGGUUCGAUUCCGACCGUUGGUGGAUCCCCGAAUCUCCGCAGCGCGAUUCGGACGACUGGGAGCAAGCUGCGCGGAAGGCGCAGAGCGUGGUUCUCGAGGCGCACAGCAUAUGGAAGCUGCUGGUUUCCUCGCUCCGCCGCCCCACGCUGCAGCGGCGGCAGCGCGUGAGCGAGCGCACGGUGGAUGGCUGGCGGGAUAAGCGCGGCGCGGGGGACGAUGGCUCGAGCAGCCUCUUACAGCUCGUCGCGCGACCCGGCGCCGGCGGUGCGCUUGGCGGAUUUGGCGGGGUAAAGUCGACCAGAAACGGGAGGGUUGGGUUUGGGGGCGGCGGAGCGGCGCCAGGGGGGAGAGGAGGGCUCAGCAGGGGGAGAUGUUCCGCCGCCGCCGCUGCGGCUGCUGUUGCGGCAGCUGAAGGGCGCUCGGCGCGCAACGAGAGUGAUGAACUAAGGGAUAUGGGAGGCGGGGAUGGGGAGGAGGAAGGGCGAGAGGGUGAGGGAACGAGGCCGCUGAGGCGGACGGCGAGUGUGGAGGAUAUGCGCGGCAGGCGCAGCGCGGAAAGCAGCAGCAGCGGUUCCGGCGGCGGGAAGCGCAGAGGCGUGCUGCCGCAGAUUUCGCCGCGCUCCUUGUCGAUGACAACCGUCGCGGCUGCGCGCGCGCUCGUGAAAACCGCCACGUGGAGCAGGGGAUCUAGUCUUAACGGUACUAGCAGCGGUCGUGGUACUGAUGAUGGGGACGUUAGCAGUGAGAGGAUAAGUGCUGGGAGUAAGAGCUGCGGUGCAAGUGCGGGUAAUCGCAGAAUCAUGAGGAACUGCGAUGACGAGGAAAAUUAUAACUUGAAUCGGAGCAAAACUUGUAUCGGAGCUGACACUACCCCUACCACCCUGAUUCGGCCGCGUAGCAAAUCGCCUUUGCCACGUCCGUUCUCGCCUAACUCUCGUAAAGGUUCGCCAGACGCGCAAAACUCUCAUUAUGACGAUAGAUCGUUAGGGCAUGGCGCUGACGAAAGGCGACGUGGGUCCUCGGGUAGGGUUACCUCAAUUGAGAAGACAGAGUAUUCUUCCGAAGGGUUUCGGAAAUCCGGUCUCGCAGACGAGCUUGGCGAAUUUGACGAAAGUAGCGAUUUGGGUGCGGUCGUGAAGGGCAAACCCGACACGCAUCGCGCGUGGAACAGUGGACGGUUGGGAUUUUCGUUCGGCAGCAAAUCAGGAGACACCUCCACCAAGUCUUCCUCCUCCAAAACUACCAAUUCCACCUGGGGAGGGCUGGGCUCCGACUUUUUUAGCGGGCCAGUAUUUGGGAGGUUGGGUAAAAGCCGGACCAUUCGUGAAAGUGACGGGCAGCCGAUUGAAACAUCAUCUAGCAGGGGUUGGCAGCAGAAGGUGGGGAGUGGCAAUGGUGGUGGGGGAGAAUACGCUGCUGCUGCAGAAGGUGGUUUUGGUGGUGGAGGUGGUUAUUACUGUCAUAAUAGUGAUGGGAGCAGUUACGGUGUUACCAGUAGUGGUGGUGACAGGGGGAGGGGUGGGGCAAGGGGUGCGUUCAGCAGGAGUAACACGGCAUCAAGUACCUACAGUUUCGUGAGUAUGGGGAGCAUGGCCAGCAGCCACAGCAGCCGCUGCAGCAAAAGCCCUGCUGCCACACCAGACCUCUCUGCUACCGCUACUGCCACUGCUGCUGCUGGGUAUCAUGGUGCAGGCAAGGGUCAGAGAGUCAACAGGUUAGUGGAAGAUGAGCAAAGUGGGGGAACGGGUCUGGCAGCAGGCGCCAGAGGAACAGACAGCGGAAGCCACCCGUUCACCCCGCCUAUGAGCCGGUCGAAGACGGACCCACAAAAGCGUGGUUCAGGGCGAGCGGGGCAGCAGCAUUCUCACCGGGUCCUGUCACCCGCUGAUGCGCACGAUGCUGCUGCCUCUGCCAACGGCUAUCACAAUCAUGACUCGGAUGGUGCUAACAGCGACGAUGAUAACUUCGCAUUUUCUGAGCAGGGCGGAUCUGACAGCCUCACCUCAACGCCGGGCACCACAGGGCGAAUUUCGCAGUAUCCCUCCCCUCUACCCAGCCCGCCGGUGCUCACGCGACGCUGGUCCCUCACCUCUCGGGUGAGCUUCACAGGGGAAGGAGCCGGGGGGCAGAGUGGCCAGAAUGUGUUUGAAGCGUCUGCUGGGGCUGCGGGCAGGGAAGUGGAUGGUCGGCAGGGCAGACGGGGGCGGGCUGUUGGGUGCGAGGCAGCAGAGGGGGCAGUGGAGGAGUGGAGUGAUGACUGCUCCAGCCAGGCGAGCUCUACCCAUGCUGGUGUUGAGCCUGCCAACAGACAGCAACUGCGGGAACGGAGAAUGUUGCCCAAAUUAUCCACACUCCCCAACUCAACCUCAGUGCCUAAAUUACCCGCUCUGCACAAGUCACCCUCGCUGCCUAAAUCACCCGCACUUUCCAAGUCGUCUACUAUGACCAGGUCACCCGCCCUGCCCAAGUCACCCGCCCUGCCCAAGUCACCUUAUGCAGAAAAGAAUGUGUUGCGAGGGGGGGUCCGCAUGGAACGACCACACCCUUCUGAGAGCAACCCCAUGAGGGCAUGUGAGGGCAGUAUAGGAGGGAGCAGCAGGGGUGUUGCUUCUGAGGUGCCGCAAACCAGAGGAGGCACUAGGCGGGGUGAGCGGAGCAAGCAGCGGGGUGAGCAGCUGGUUCCGGAAUGCUUUUCCACCGAGUCUGAAGUUCCCAUGAGAUCCAUGAGUCCCAGGAGUGACAUGGUCGCCAGAAGUAUGUCAUAUGAUCAGCCAUCACAGCAGGUUGCAGCAAUGAUUGCUGCUGAAGCGCUGUUGCCAGAACCGCCAGGGCGGCGAUUUGCAAGGAGCCAAACAGAAGCCAGUAACAGGCUGAAUGCGGCAAAGGUUGCUGCUGAAGCGCCGCUGCCGGAACCGCCAGGGCGACGAUUUGCGAGGAGCCAAACAGAAGCAAGUGAACGGGGGAGUGACAGGAUGAACGCAGUUAGACCAAAUUUCAGUCAUGAGGCUAGAGCAGCAAGGGGGAUCGGUAAAAGAUCGAAUGAAUGUGACAUGCAAGCUCGGCCUCCCAAGUCUCCUCUCGCCAGAAUGGCAUCUUCUGGAAUUCUUCUUGCUCAGGGUGGUGCAGGCAGACGAUGA